UGUUUAAGCAAAUGUUUGGAGCGUAAUCACAAAUGAUCGAAAAAAAUAGGUAUCCAUUCACCUCAAAAAAAAGUCAAAUCCAAAAAGUUGAAUUGUCAUAUUUAUUUUCAAUUCAAUUGCUAAUUUUGGUUAUUUUUUCUUUCAUUGUUCCAAGUGCAUAAAAGAUGAGUGAAGCAGAGAGGACUUUGGUAGAUAAGUCAGAGAGCAGCUCCUUUGAGGAUUUGGCUUCAGCAGCGGCCCAAGAGAUUGAAGAAGCAAAGUUGGCUGAAGUAGCUGCGGCGGAGAAGGACCGUCCAGCUGAGACCAAAACAGAAGAGUGGCAAGAUGUGCUGGGCUCAGGUUCACUACUAAAAAAGUCUUUGAAACAAGGAGACGAAUCUACUGGCUUGCGACCACACCGGAGCGAUAUUUGUAGAAUAAGUUAUGAAGUUAAAAUUCGGGACUCUGGAGAGAUUGUUGAGAAGCGGGAUCAAGUUAAAAUAUACUUGGGAGACAAUGAAAUCCUGCAAGGAUUGGACUUAGCACUGACACUAAUGUACAAAGGGGAAGAAUGCCUUCUUCAAAUAGCACCACGGUUUGCGUACGGAGACAUUGGUCUGAAACCCGGAGAGAGCCUAGGUUUGGUUGGCGAGGUAGACAGCCCCAAGUACUCAGGUCCGGCCAUAGAUAGCGACACUUGGCUUGAGGCACGUUUGGAAUUACACGACUGGACUGAAGAACCCGAACAUGAGACCCUGCCUAUAGCCGAACGAAUGGAAACUGGGAUACGUCGUCGCGCCCGCGGCAACUGGUGGUACGGUCGUGGGGAGCCCCAGUUGGCCGUACAGUUAUAUCGGCGAGCAUUAGACGUGCUGGAUGAAAGUGAGGGCGGAAUAACAGACCCGACGCCUAGCGGCGACAUCGCGCCGUCUUCGGAUGCUUUAAAGGCGUUGCUGGAAGAGCGCAUGCGCGUGCACAACAAUAUGGCCGCCGCGCAGUUGAAAGCUGGAGCUUAUGAUGCGGCUUUGCAGGCAGUUACCCGAGUAUUAUCAUGUCAACCGUCCAACGCUAAGGCCCUAUAUCGCAAAUCUCGCAUUCUCUCCGCUAUGGGGCGCAACUCGGAGGCUUUGGAGGCGGCUAGGGCUGCGGCCGCCGCGGCCCCCGACGACGCCGGGGCUCGCAAGGAGUUGCAGAGAUGUGAACAGAAAGCCACCAGGGAUAGGUCAGUGGAACGACGCCUGGCUAAGAGAAUGCUGGGCACUGACCAGCCUAAGCCGGCCUCGCCUGAUAAGAAGCCGUCCAGAGCCAAGAUGUUGGUGUGGGGCUCGCUCCUGCUGAGCUUGCUGGUGGGCGUGGCCAGCGUGCUGGUGUACCGCUACAAGAUGCAGGAACACUGACACCGCCCGUAAAGGAAACCGAGAUUCCAUUGGUGCAAGUGGAUGGGAAUGGUGCACAUUAAUUUACUUACGAUAUCAUGGAUCGAUUCAUAUAUUAUUAUAAGCAGGACUUUGGAGCAACGUCUACAGGAAACAGAUACUUAUAUAUUUUUAUAUUUCACAAAUCAUUUUCAACUACCAUCAAAUGAGAAGGGUUUGCUUUUUUGUAAAGUGGUUCUGUAGGUUAUUAACGAAAAAUUAUGACUAUUCGUUCGACGUUAAAGUCCCCAAGACGUGUUAAAAGAUUGUCAUUAUCUUUAAAUAAGCAAAUACUGCUUAGUCUUCUUUUAUUAAACAAUGUGAUAGACAUAUCUGGACUUAUCAAAUAUAUAUAUAUUAUGAAUCAAAGUUUAUUUUGUCUACGAAAAAAAAAAGUCAUAAGAUUUAUUAGAACAAAAAAUUUCUUUAGAUUUUUCUACUUAAAUGAUUAUAUUUAUCGACAAUGUUGAUUUUUAUAAAACUUAGCAGCUUUUACCUACUUAUAGUGAUAAUGUAGGCACGUAGUAGACAGUUUAUCAUAAUAUAUAUAUUACCUACGAUAUGUUAUGUAAAAAUGGUGAUAGGUUAGGUUAAUUUAGGUGUUUAAUAUAUAUUUUUUCCUCUUGUGGUAUAAUGUGGGACUGCAUUGCAUCUAGCAUUCAUACCAAAAAUAUACAUAAUUAUAAAAUUAUGUGUCUCGUAUGUUAAAUUAUAUGUCUGCACUUCUUUUUGUAGUUUGUGCCAAAACUAUGAUUGGUCAUACAUAUAUUUUAAUACGAAAAUCAGUACCCUAUUUUUGUAUGUUACAUAUUAAGCUCCAAAAUUUAUAUUUUCAGACGUAUUAUAAAAAGUAAUAAGACUUAAAAUAGCAUUCCAAAUGGAUAUUAUUAAAAAUAUACCGUUUUGGUAUGUUAAACAUGUUUUGUUUCAUAUUUAUUGUACUAUACUUAUUAACGUCACUUUCCAAUUUUGGUGCUUUUUAUUAGUUUGUUUUAAAAAAAUCUAUAUCGAGUGUAUUUUUCUUGGCAUUUACGUUUAUAAAACUUAAGAAAUUGAGUACUUUUGUCACCAAUUUGUACCUUAUUCGUGACUAAAUCAAGCAGUUGCUCAUUAUGUGGUACAUUUCCAAUCUAAUCAGCUUUAAUUACAGAAUCUUAGCCCGUAGGCAAAACAACCGCUUACCAUCAGGCAAAUCAUGCUUUUCAGAUAACUUAAAGCCCAGAUAUUAUUUAGCCAGCAGUCUAUGCGGGCCAUAGCAGCUGAAUUUUCAACUGUUUAUUAUAUCAUAUUUUGUAAUAUUAACAUAAGUUGGAAUGAAAAUGUAAACAAAUUCCUCCUUAUGUAACAUUAGUCUUUUAAAAUUAGUCAUUGGUUUGGUAUAGGAUCUUAAUGUUUCAAUAAAUAAAAAAAAAGCAAUAAAAGAGUAAAAAAAUGGUGGUUCCCAGUAAAGUUACUAAUUAAAAGAAAUUGUUGGAAAUGA